AUGAGAGGGUCGGUAGCUGCUGCGCCUUUGGCGCUGGCGUUUUGGAGCAGCUGCGCCCUCGGUCUUACUGUGACGCCCAAUGACGAGAACUCGCUCAAGAGCACGGCAGCCUCAAUAGCCUACGGCUUGAUGAAGUUCUACACUGGAAACAACACUGGGGACACACCAGGCAAUUUGCCGGACCCAUACUAUUGGUGGGAAGCAGGGGCCAUGUUUGGAACCAUCAUCGACUACUGGCAUCUCACCGGAGACGCGUCUUACAACGAGGCCACCAUGCAGGCCAUGCUGCACCAGGCCGGGCCCACCAGGGACUUUAUGCCAAAGAACCAGACGAGAACGGAGGGAAACGACGACCAGGGAUUCUGGGCCAUGGCCGCUAUGAGUGCCGCAGAGAACAAGUUCCCGGACCCCCCCAGCGACCAAGCGCAGUGGCUCGCUCUGUCGCAGGCCGUCUUCAACCAGUACGUGCUGCGAUGGGACCCGACCGAGUGCAAAGGCGGCAUGAGGUGGCAGAUCUUCCAGUUCAACAACGGCUGGAACUACAAGAACUCCAUCUCCAACGGGUGCUUCUUCAACAUGGCGGCUCGGCUGCACCGCUACACCGGCAACUCGACGUACGGCGACUGGGCGGCCAAAAUCUUCGAGUGGGAGCGGAGCAUCGGCCUCGUCACCGCCGACUUUGGCGUGCACGACGGCAUCACCAUCGACGUCGACGGCACGUGCGUGAGGAUCGACCUGCUGGAGUGGUCGUACAACGCCGGCAUCCUCCUGCACGGCGCCGCGGCCAUGUACAACGCCACCGAGGACGCCAAGUGGAAGGCCGCGGUGGACGGCCUCCUGCAGCACGCCAUGUCCAAGUUUUUCAAGGACGGCGUCGCCUACGAGCAGUUUUGCGAGUUCAACAAGAUUUGCAACAACGACCAGCAGAGCUUCAAGGGCUACCUUUUGCGGUGGCUGGCGGCGACGACCCAGCUCGCGCCUUACACGUACGACACCAUCAAGCCGCUGCUCGAAAAGAGCGCCGCGGCAGCCGCCUCGGUGUGCGUCGGAACCACGGGGCCGCCAAAGUUCAAGGGGACGCCGGGCACGGCCUGCGGGUUCAGCUGGAUCCCCGCCGGCACCUUUGACGGGCUGGUGGGCGUCGGCGAGCAGAUGAACGCGCUGGAUGCCGUCAUGUACAACCUCGUGGCCAAGUCGCCGCCGCCGGUGACCGCCAAGACGGGCGGCACGUCCAAGGGCAACCCAUCGGCGGGCAGCGGCGGCACCGAGGAUCCCACCGUGUUGAAGCCGCUGACAACGGCCGACAAGGUCGGUGCCGGGAUCAUGACCGUGCUGCUGGUUGUUGGGGCGAUUGGAAGCACCGCCUUUAUGCUGUUGGAACGCGGGUGA